AUGUCUCGAAGCAAACCACUUGCUUAUCAGUCUUCCAAAGCAGUCCUAGAGUAUAUCAGUUUUGGGAAGAGGAAAUGUUUCUACGCCAUGUGCCCAGCAAUCAGAAAAAUGGAAGAAAUGUUGCCCUAUCACCUCGAAUUAGUCAAGCUGUUUAGUAUGGCGCGAGACAACAUAAUCAUGGAUAUUGAUUCUUUUGGAUUUUCUUUCUGGGAGUAUGAGGGAAAUAAGAUGCGCAUGGUAAACCUUUCGACGAAAACAGGUGUUGACCGGCUUACCAGUUUAGGACCCGAGCAGGCAGCAGAGAAGUUUUUAUUGUAUCAUUUAAGCAGAGAGGGGACACGCAUCAAACAUGUUAAGUUGACUACCGCACCAGAGUUCAUUUCAAAAUGCAUUCCAGUUGCUAUCAAAAGCUUGAGUGUUUUCAAAAACAUGACUGUGUUCAAAACCGAUGCAUGGUUCCCAACAAAUUUUCCAAUUGAAAAUGUGGAAAUCGAUACUACAGUUCGAGAAGACACUCUGAAAAUGGCGAAACAUGUGACAGUGAGAAUUCCGGGACAUGUCGCAGAAAGAAUCAACAGAGAAAUAGUAUCCGAAUGGAAUUGUGAAUCGAUCCGAAUUGAUUCAUCGAUGCGGAGUGAAGAGGUUGUAGACUACUGUAACAAAGUAUCAAAAAGAACCGAUAGACCGAUUGGGAGUAGGUUGAUGACAAGACACAGUUCACCAGUGGGAUUCUUGUUUGAUAUUCUUCACUCAAAAAUGAAUGCCAAAAAGACAGUGUUUAAUGACAAAAUAUGUGCAACAAUUUAUAUAGACGAGUCGACUGAAUUGAACGUAUACGAUUGUAGCGUUGAUCGUUACUUUGUGGUUGUGGAAGUCUGUGCGAGAGGAACUGCAAUUAAUCAAGUUGUUUGA